UCUCUUCCUCUCUCUCUUCCUCUCUCUCUCUUCCUCUCUCUCUCUCUUCCUCUUUCUCUCUCUCUGACGUGGUAUAACGUGUAUGUGUGUGAGUGAGUGAGUGUAAGUGAGAGAGAAAGAGCAAAAUCGGUCCACUUCCCUCAUCCAAGCAGACAGUGAACCUGGAGAGGAAGGAGCAGCCCGUCUCCACACUAACUAUUAAAGAGUCCAACCUCUCCAACUAGAAACCUCUCAACAUCACUAAGGAUGCAGCGUUCCUUAUGAGCAGCAAUAUAAAGAGCUGUACCUAUCGGGAUCGUCAUUGGGUAAAGCCUUCUCCUACCACUCCAGAGGCCCAUCUAAUCUCUUCUACCACUCCAGAGGGUCCAUCCAAUCUCUUCUCCUACCACUCCAGAGGGUCCAUCCCAUCCCAUCCCUUCCUCUACUACUCCAGAGGUCCAUCCAAUCUCUUCUCCUACCACUCCAGAGGCCCAUCCAAUCUCUUCUCCUACCACUCCAGAGGCCCAUCCAAUCUUCUCCUACCACUCCAGAGGCCCGUCCAAUCUCUUCUCCUACCAAUCCAGAGGGUCCAUCCCAUCCCAUCCCUUCUCCUACCACUACAGAGGCCCAUCUCAUCUACAGUCCAGACUUCCAGCAUCUAGUGUUGGGUUACCUGGUGCACGACCGGACUUUGUCUCUUGAAUUAAAAGUGGGACUUUGCCAGACUUCCACCAGCCAAGGGUGGCCUGUCCAUGCCCUGUCCAGCUCUACCUGCCCAAAAAAGACAGUACCAUUACCACCUGAACAUCUGUUGCUAAUCCCCAACCCAGUCCCCAGUUCCUCAGCCCAAUCCCACUGCAGGGGAGGAUGGGUGAUGGGCCUUUGAGUCUCCCUGGCCUCUCUCCUUCCGUCUUUCUCAUCCUUGCAUGGAGCCUCCUUCUGACACCUCCAGUUCCCCCUGGAACACAUCCACCUCCAUCUCUAGACCUCCAGGGCCAUGGCUCCCAGCCCUCCCAGUCUCGCUGCACCCCAACGUGAGUUUUCCUGUGGGCAUCGGCGCUAGCGGAGCCCCCCUGUCCCUGACCCACUCCCUGGCUCUGGUUGCCAUGCUCCUCAUGGACCUCCUGGCCGUCGUUGGCAACCUAGCCGUCAUGGCUGUCAUCACCAAGACGCUGCAGCUGAGGAAGUUCGCCUUCGUGUUCCAUCUGUGUCUGGUUGACCUGCUGGCGGCUCUGGUUCUGAUGCCUCUGGGGAUGCUGUCGGACCGGAUCUUGGUGCAUGAUGAGGCACUCUGCCAGAGCUACCUCUGCCUGAGUGUAGGGCUGGUCAGUGCCGCCAUUUUGUCUAUCUCAGCCAUCAACGUGGAGAGGUAUUACUACAUCGUCCACCCGAUGCGCCAUGAGGUGAAAAUGACAGUAGGGGUGGUUGUGGCAGUGUUAGUCGGGAUCUGGGUCAAAGCUAUUUUGAUGUCAGCUCUGCCUCUACUGGGCUGGGUGCCCCAGGGAAACCAGGGGGUAGGUGUCGGACUUGGAAGAGGACUAGGGAGUCCCGUGAUCCCGGGUCCUCCAAACCAGAGACGUUGCUCCCUACACUGGACUGGAGGAGGAGGGACCACACGAUUAAUCUUCAUGGUCUUCUUCACCUUUGUCUACUUCCUGUGUACAGUACUGAUCAUUCUGAUUGUGUACUGUAACAUGUUUAAAGUAGCCCGGGUGGCAGCCAUGCAGCAUGGCCCCUUACCUAUGUUGAUGGACACACCUGGUCCCAGCCCUCACCGCUCCGAGUCCCUCAGCAGCCACUCUACCAUGGCUGUCAGCUUGGGGGGCCCAUGUCCUCCACUCCGCUCCCCCAGUCAGAGGACCUUCAAUGGGGGUAAAGCCGCGGCAGUCCUGGUGGCGGUUGGAGGCCAGUUCCUAUGCUGCUGGCUGCCUUACUUCUCCUUCCACCUGUACGCCGCCCUGGUCUCUACCCCCCAGGCCUCCCUGGCUUCGGCCCAGCUGGAAGAAGUCGUGACCUGGAUCGGUUACUUCUGCUUCACCUCCAACCCUUUCUUCUAUGGCUGUCUGAAUCGGCAGAUCCGAACAGAGCUGGGCCGAAGCCUGGCCUGUCUCUUUAAGCGGGCGGGGCCGGGCGAUGGGGAUCAGCUGGCCAGCCGAGAGGCCUCCAUCGAGGAGAACUUCCUCCAGUUCCUCCAGGGGACAGGGUGUAAUCUGGAGCCCUCCACCCAGGCACACAGCAGGGCCAGCAGGACCGAGGAGGAGGCGGGGGAGAGGGGCCGUCUUCGAGAUGGACCAGGUCAGGAGAACACGCUGGUCCAGGAACACACGCCUGUUGACUUCCACAUCCCUGGACAGAUUAUCGAGAAGACCUCGGAGUUCUUGGAGCAGCAGGAUCUGAAUCUGAACGAUGACAUCAACCUAGCGGAAAAUUGCUGCCGAGUAAACAGGACAGUGCUGGACAGUGCCUGAACUCUUGUACUGGAUGUUCAUCUGUACAGUAGGCCUGUUUUUGGACCAGGCGUCAGAGGUAGAAGCACUAAAGCCUUAGUCUGCAGGCCAAACACCGCCGUAGAAGUCCUAUGGUGGAAACGGCAAGUAGAUGACCUGUUAUUUAGAACAUCUGGGGUAUUCUAUUUGAUGCUGUUUGACGAUUUUGUUGUCCACCUUUGCUACAGUUGGAUUAUGGUACAUACAAGUACCUAGUACGUGAGACAUUGCUCUUGAGCUACAGUUACAGUGAAGCUAUCAUAUAGACUUGGUAUCUUCUUUUGAAGAAUUCGGGUUGUUAUUAUUAUGUGCAUUUUUUGGGACUGUCACUAGAAUCAGGGUUCCUUUAGGAGGUAUGAUGAAGGGUUCGGGGAAAUUCCAUUUCAAUUCCAGUAAAAUCAAGAAAUAAACUAAAAUUCCAAUUCCAAUCAUCCUCAAUGCUUUUCUAAUGAGGUUUACUUCCAAAAAAGACUGAAUUUAAAUGUAAUUGACCCUAACCCUGGUUUAAUAACAUUGGUACCCAUUUACCAUUAAGACCAAAACCCAUUACAUCAAAUACAUACAGCCAGUCUAUCUACCUCCCCUGUUUCCUGUCAAUCUUCCGAAUGAUUUAUAUUCUGGUCAAGGAGAGUGAGAGAACAUCUAGCAUAUUACCACUUGACAAUCUUUGUUUUAGUGUGGAUGAACACCCCCCCCCCCAAGACAAUCAGUUAGACAAAUGCAAAACUCCAAUCCUAUAGACAUACAUACAGUAGCAGACAAAGGGUUAAGAACCAGGUCAAAACACAGAUCACAGAAAAAAGGGGGCAGAAUCAAUUUGUAUGAAAAGCGUGUUUAUUCCACAUUCCAGUCUCAUUCUCCACUUCCUAAUGCAACCAAGAAAUGAAUACAGAUUUAGUCAUUUUCCAUUUCUGACUGCAUCUCAAUUUGAAGCUCUAUGGGCCCUGGUCAAAAGAAGUGCACUAUAUGAGGAAUAGGGUGCCAUUUUGGAUGCAGCCAAUGUGUUAACAGGAUCAUUUCACAGCUGGUUCUUUGCCAGUGGUAUUUAUAGCAAGCUGGCACGUUGGGUUAUUUUAGACUCUCAAUCCAUUAAUGCUAUUAUUUGGUCUAUUUAUUUGAGCAGAAACCCACAUUGGUGUGUCACUGUGAUAUCUCACAGACAACAACUUCUUAACUACUGAUAUUAUCUUAUCUUAUUUUCCAAGAGAAUGUUGAUGCAGAUUAUUUGGCACGAUUAACAAAUGGUUAGGCAAUAAUUACUGUAUAGAAUAGAUAGUGUAUAAUGACAAAUCUAGCUUUUUCUUUUUUUUUCAUAUUUUCCACAGCUCCAUGCUCAAUUUGAGCCCUCUCUCUCUGUCACGGAAGGGAAGCGUGGAGUUUCAGUGUGUUCAAAUGUCAACUUCAUUCAAAAUGUCAGUUUAGAGAUGGACAGCAGCAGACAGCUGUUGAAGCCACUUAUAAAAUGGGGACAAUGGGGACAGAUUCAAAAGAUUUGGGCUGAGUUCCAAAUGGCACCCUGUUCCCUAUAUAGCACACAAUUCUUUUUUACCAGAACCCUAUGGGCCCUGGUCAAAAGUUUUGCACUAAGUAGGGAAUAGAGUGCCAUUUUAGACGAAACCAAUUGCCAACCUCCAACAAUGUCCCUUGUGUUUACAGGUAAACGCUGGCGAGUGCCUAACAGUACAGGCUAAGUGUUCUGUGGUGUUUACCUAGAAACACCCACGGCUUGUUGUGGCUACACAGUAAAGGUGACAGACAGACAGGAGUGAUGAAUGAUUCUUACACAUGGCACGCUUUUACCUUCGCCUUUCUCCCUACAAGCUGUAUUCUCUCUCUCUCUGUCUCUCUCCCUCCCUCUCUCUCUCUGUUUCUGUCUCUCUGUCGCUCUCUGUCUCUCUCUCUGUCUCUCUCUCUGUCUCUCGCUCUCUUGCUCUGUCUCUCUCUGUGUCUCUCUCUCUGUCUCUCUGUCUCGAUCUCUCUCUCUCUCUCUCUCUCUCUCUCUGUCUGUCUGUCUCUCUCUCUCUGUCUGUCUCGCUCUGUCUCUCUCUCUCUCUGUCUCUCUCUCUCAAUUCAAUUCCAUUAAAAAGGCUUUAUGGACAUGAAAAGUGUUAAACACAGACAUUGCCAAAGCAAAUGUGUAAACUUCAAAUCACGCUAAUGUCGCCUUCCCUUCCCUCUCUUUUCGAGAGGAACAAGUCCAUCGGCAUGAUCACAAGAUGCAAAACACCAAGCACUCUGGGAAGUUUUAGAUUUGGGUGAAAAGUUUUUGGAGAGAAGAAAUAUAAACGUUCCUAAUUUUCUUGUGUCCAUAUUGACCCUGGUCCACUAUAUAGGGAAUAGAAUGCCAUUUGGGACACAACCUUGUGUAAUGACUUCAGUGCUGACUGUUGUUUUUCAAUAGGACCGUUUCUAUUUCUAGCACAUUUAUUUUGCAUGAAAAGAAAAUGGGAUGGUGAGGCAAACUCCCAAAUUAGUCAAAACUGGAUUAAUGACAAGCAAAAUCAAUGUCAUCCUGAGUUGUCUUUCAACUGGUUGCAGCUUAGUACGGUCUUCGCUUGUGAACUAGCCGGGAAUAUCCGUUCUCGCCCAGAGAACAACCUUCAAUUGGUAUUUCAGACCAUAUUGUGGCAUGUUUUCUCCUUCAACACUAACCUUGAAUCCCAUGGAGGGUAUCCUAAAAUGGAGAACAUGAAAAUGUUUGGCUAUAUAGCCAGAUGGUUAAUAAAAAGAUUGACAGUAUAUUUAUUUAUUCAGUUAUUCAUUCUUUUGUAUUUAAUCAUUUAUUUUGUGCCUAGAAAUUAAAUUGACUGUUUGGGUUUUUAGAUCUGUCUGUUUUAUUUUAUCUCUUUCUAUUUUGACAUCUCUUCUGUAUUGGUUACCAAUCACAGUAUGAAUUAAAGAUAUAGACUAGA